AUGUCCGUUGAGGCGGCCGUGCUCGAGUUCCUGCCGUCGGUCAAGUCCAAAAAAAGACGACACGAGACAAGACGAGGCCAGCCCAGCCCAAACGAGAUGGGUCGACCAAAGGAGCCGGCUCUGGACGUCCGCUCCAACAUGAGGUCCGAUAUCGCCGGCAACCAUCAUGGCGCGCCCCCUCCCCGUGGCGCCCGCGUUCAAGUUUCCGCCAAGCGCGGACGGGAAUUGUGA